AUGAGAAACCACACAAUAACAACAUUCAUUCUCCUGGGACUAACAGACGAUCCACAACUUCAGGGCCUGCUUUUAAUUUUUCUGUUUUUUGCCUACUUAUUGAGUGUAACUGGGAACUUGGCUAUUAUCUCACUUAUAUUCAUUGAUUCUCACCUUAAAACACCAAUGUACUUUUUCCUACAAAAUUUUUCAUUCUUAGAAAUAUUAUUCACAUCAGCUUGUAUUCCUAGAUAUUUGUAUAACCUAUUGACAGGUGACAAGACUAUUACUUAUUGUGCUUGUGCUAUUCAAGCAUUUUUUACAGAUCUUUUUGGAGUUACUGAGUUUUUCCUUCUGGCCAUCAUGUCCUAUGACCGCUAUGUGGCCAUCUGCAAACCCCUGUAUUACAUGACCAUCAUGAGCAGCAGAGCCUGUAGAAGUUCCAUCUUUUGUUGUUGGAUGGCUGGCUUUUUAAUCAUACUCCCACCGUUUAGCUUGAGUCAGAGUCUGGAAUUCUGUGACUCUAACAUCAUUGACAGCUUUCUUUGUGAUGUGUCUCCCUUCCUGAAGAUAUCAUGCUCAGACACAUGGGUCAUUGAGCAGAUGGUUAUAGGCUGUGCUGUGUUGACCUUCAUCACAACCCUUCUGUGUGUAGUUUUCUCCUACAUAUAUAUAAUCAGAACGAUUACAAGAUUCCCCUCAGCCCAGCAAAGGAAGAAGGCCUUUUCCACCUGCUCUUCCCACAUGAUUGUGGUCUCCAUCACCUAUGGCAGCUGCAUCUUCAUCUAUGUGAAGCCCUCAGCAAAGGAGUCAGUGGCCAUUAACAAGGGCGUGAUCGUGCUCACCACCUCCAUCGCGCCUAUGCUGAACCCCUUCAUCUACACCCUGAGGAACAAGCAAGUGAAACAAGCCUUCAAUGACUCAGUCAAAAGAAUUACAUACCUGGCCAGAUCUUAA